AUGGCCGCCGCGCUCAGGUGCCCGGCCUCCGUCAGGGUCUCGGGCCCCGCCGCCGCGGGGCUCGCCAAGGUGCGCCAGGCGUCCAGAGUCGUCGCGGUGAGCGGGGCCCGGCAGAGCCGCGGCGGCGGCGUCGCCGUGCGGGCGUCGCUGUUCUCGCCCAAGCCCGCGGCGGCCAAGGACGCGCGGCCGACCAAGGUGCAGGAGCUGUACGUGUACGAGAUCAACGAGCGGGACCGCGAGAGCCCCGCGUACCUGCGCCUCAGCGCCAAGCAGACGGAGAACGCGCUGGGCGACCUCGUCCCCUUCACCAACAAGGUGUACAACGGCAGCCUGGACAAGCGGCUGGGCGUCACCGCGGGCAUCUGCGUGCUCAUCCAGCACGUCCCCGACCGCAACGGCGACCGCUACGAGGCCAUCUACAGCUUCUACUUCGGAGACUACGGCCACAUCUCGGUGCAGGGCCCGUACCUGACCUACGAGGAGUCGUACCUGGCGGUCACCGGCGGCUCCGGCGUCUUCGAGGGCGUCUACGGCCAGGUCAAGCUCAACCAGAUCGUCUUCCCCUUCAAGAUCUUCUACACCUUCUACCUCCGGGGCAUCCCGGACCUGCCCAGGGACCUGCUCUGCACGCCCGUCCCGCCGUCGCCCACCGUCGAGCCCACCCCCGCCGCCAGGGCCGCCGAGCCGCACGCAUCCCUCGACAACUACACCAACUGA